UUAUAGUUUCUGUUCAAGUACUGCUGCUACGUGAUUCCCAUAUUUGAACACUGCACCGCAACUUCAAAUUGACCCCAAACUCAGGAUUUUGGAAAUGAGCACCGAGAGCUCUUCACCUCCUCGGUGGAAAUAUGAUGUCUUUUUGAGUUUUAGAGGCGAGGAUACUCGAAAGGGUUUUACAGACCAUCUAUACACUGCAUUGGAUGAUAAAGGAAUCACAACUUUCAGGGAUGAUCCUGAGCUUCACAAAGGGGAAGAUAUUUCUCCAGCACUUUUUGCUGCAAUUAAGGAAUCGAGAUUUGCUCUCAUUGUUCUCUCACAAAAUUAUGCAUCGUCGACAUGGUGCUUGGAGGAACUUGUCAGAAUUCUUGAAUGUAUGAAAGCAAGAGAAGCUGUGCUGCCAAUUUUUUAUGAUAUUGAUCCCUCUGUUGUACGAAAGCAAACAGGGAUUUUUGGUGAAGCCUUUGCUAAUCUUGAAGAAAGGUUUAGCGAUGACAAGGAGAAAGUGCGGAGGUGGAGAUCUGCAUUAACUGAAGUGGCAAGUUUCUCAGGGUGGAAUUCAAAGGAAUGGUAUGAAUCAAAGCUCAUUAGAGAUAUUGUUGAAGUAAUAUGGAAAAAACUGCAACCUACAUCAUUCAGUUAUGCAGAAAAUUUAGUUGGAAUUUACUUAAGAUUGCAGCCGGUCAAUUUGCUUUUAGGUGCAGGGGUGGAUGACGUCCGAUUCAUAGGAAUAUGGGGAAUGGGCGGGAUUGGUAAGACUACUAUAGUAAGAGCGGUGUAUGAGAGAAUCUCUCGUCAAUUUGAAUUUAGUUUCCUUCUUACCAAUGUUAGAGACUUCGUUGAGAAAAGUGGUCUACUUAAUCUACAAAAGCAACUUCUAUCUGGGAUUUGGACAAAAAAGGCUGAUAUAUCGGACCUUCAUGAAGGAGCCACCAUAAUAAGGAGGUUGUUAGGUCACAGGAAAGUUCUUCUCAUUCUUGAUGAUGUGAACCAUUCAAGCCAUUUAAAAUUUUUGGCAGGAAACCAAGAGUGGUUUGGUUCAGGGAGUAGAGUUCUCAUCACAACUAGAGAUGAGCAUUUGUUGAUCGAGCAUGAAGUGGAGAGAAGAUUGAAGGUUGAGGAACUUAAUGAUGAGGAUUCUCUUCUGCUUUUCAGCCGGAAAGCAUUCAAAAAAGGUUAUCCUGAAGAAGAUUUUCUUGAUUUGUCUAAAUCUUUCAUAAAUUAUGCCAAAGGUCUCCCUUUAGCUCUUGAAGUACUGGGCUCUUUUUUGUAUGGAAGAGAUCUAAGUGAAUGGAAAAGUGCAUUGAGAAAACUAGGAACAGUUUGUAACUUGGAAAUUUUUGACAUACUUAAGACUAGCUAUGAUGGUCUAGAUGAUGAAGAGAAGAAAAUAUUCCUAGACAUUUCAUGCUUCUUUUGUGGAGAAGAAAAAGAUCGAGUAACAGAAAUACUGAUCAGUUGCGAUGUUUCUGCGACUAUUGGAAUAAAAGUUCUUAUGGAAAGAUCUCUCUUGACUAUUUUGCAUGGAAGACUAUGGAUGCACGAUUUGCUAAAAAAAAUGGGUCGGGAAAUUGUCCGCCAGGAAUCUACUAAAGAGCCAGGCAGGCGCAGUAGGUUAUGGCUUCUUGAAGACGUCAAACACGUCUUGACCAAAAAUACUGGAACAGAAGCAAUAGAAGGCAUUAUUCUGGACUCAACUGAGCUUGGAGUAACGGCGAGGGUAAAUGCUAAAUCCUUUUUGAUGAUGAACAGAUUGAGAUACCUUGUCAUUAAGAAUGGGAACCUACCGAAUGGGCUUGAAUGUCUUCCUGAUAGUUUACGGAUUCUUAACUGGACCGGGUAUCCCUUGAAAUCUCUCCCGUCGCAUUUCAACCCUGAGAAGCUACUAGAACUUAACAUGUGCCAUAGUUGCAUUGAACAUUUUCCGAUGGAAAUAGAGCCUUUAUACAAUUUGAAAACCGUUAAACUCAACAACUCAUUGAAUCUUGUCAACACCCCAAGCUUUAAAGGUAUGCCACAUCUUGAGCUUCUGUUUCUAGAAGGUUGUACAAGACUAUAUGAGGUUGACCCAGGAAUUGAAGUGCUUGACAAACUUACGAUGUUGAACUUAAAAGAUUGCAAGAAUGUCGUGCAUUUUGCAAGCAGUGUACGUGGCUUAAAAUCUCUCAAAGUUCUUAAUCUUUCUGGUUGCUCAAAGCUUAAAAAACUACCGGGUGACAUGGGUCAUUUGGAAAGUUUGGAGGAGCUCCGUGUGAAUGGCACCGGCAUAAGAGAACUACCUUCCUCUGAUGGAAUGCUUGAAAGACUUGCUCUGCUGAAAAUGGUAGAUUGCACAGAUCUCGUGUGUCUUCCAGUUAGUGUAGGGGGCUUAAAAUCUCUGAAAGUUGUUAAUAUUUCUGGUUGCUUAAAGCUUGACAAAUUGCCGAAGGAGUUGGGCCGUAUAGCGUGUUUGGAAGAGGUUGAUGCGAGUGGGACUUCUAUACGAGAACUACCUUGCUCAAUUGGCAUGCUUGAAGGACUUGUUUCUAUGUCCUUGAGAGAUUGCAAACAUCUUGUAUGUCUUCCAAGCAGUGUAGGUGGCUUAAAAUCUCUCAAAGAUCUCAAUCUUUCUGGUUGCUCAAAGCUUGACAAAUUGCCAAAUGAGUUCGGUUUUGUUGCCUGUUUGGAGAAGCUUGAUGUGAGUGGAAGUCGCAUAAGAGAACUACCUUGCUCUAUUGGCAUGCUUGAAGGACUUGUUUCUAUGUCCUUGAGAGAUUGCAAACAUCUUGAGUGUCUUCCAAGCAGUGUAGGUGGCUUAAAAUCUCUCAAAGAUCUCAAUCUUUCUGGCUGCUCAAAGCUUGAUAAAUUGCCAGAUGAGUUGGGUCUUGUUGCCUGUUUGGAGAAGUUUGAUGUGAGUGGAAGUGGCAUAAGAGAAGUGCCAUCCUUUGUUGGUCUUUUGAAAAACCUCAAAGAAUUUUCUCUUGCUGGAUGUAAGGGACAGUCACCUCAAUCAUGGAACAUGAUGUUGAAUCCUUUUCAGUUAUUGCGAAAAAGAAGUCACACUCCGGCAGGAUUGUCGUUGGCCAGUUUGUCUGGUUUGCAUUCAUUAACCAAACUGAAUCUAAGUGAUUGCAAUCUUUAUGAAAUCCCCAGUGAUUUUGGAUGCUUGUCCUUGUUAAGAGAAUUAAAUUUGAGCAAAAAUCAAUUUGUUAGACUACCUGAGAGCAUCGGCCAGCUCUCUAGACUUGAAUGGCUUUACUUGGAUUCGUGCUGCAAGCUUCAGACACUGCCGGAGCUUCCAACUCAUCCAUGGGUAAACACCAGCAACUGCAUUUCAUUACACACAUUGUCCAAUCAAAUAGGAAAAUUGAUGGGUGUUAAUUGUUUCAAAAUGGUGGAGAAUGAAAGCUGUAAGAGUACAGCACUUUCAUUGCUAACACGCUACCUGAAGUUUCAACAUUGUACUUCUUCCGGAUUUACCCGUGAUUUUCACUUUGUUGCUCCUGGAGAUGAAAUUCCAGAGUGGUACAAUCACCAAAGUAUGGGGUCUUGGAUAACUGUAGAGUUGCAUCCAGGUUGGUUUACUAACAAGUGGAUGGGAUUCGCAUUCUGUGUCGUUUUUAGAGUCCUCAAACCACUCCCGCCUUUGGUUCGGUGGUCAAUUCAGUGCUCAUUGAAACUUGAAAGCCAACGGAAAAGUCUAUGCUGUUUCUGGUCUAGGUUUUGGGGGACAGUGGGGUCAACCAGUGUUGGAUCACAUUUGGUUCUUCUGUGGGCACCGUGAUAAAGACUCCCAUCAACUUGGGUGGCAGGAUAUCUAUCAGCUCGAAUUGGACUUCUCCACAGGAAUGAAAUUUGUGCAAGUGAAGAAGUGUGGGGUCCGUAUGGUAUAUGAGGAAGAUGUGGAGGAGCUUUAUUAAAGCCGAGAAAUACCAAGCGUGGCCUUCAACACUACUAUGAUGAUGAUGAUGCAGCAUCUAGUAGUACUGCAACUGGUGCAAGUCAGGAAGAGGAAGAAGAACCUCAUCCAAAAGAUUUAAACGACUCGAGCUUGACGGUGCAGGACCCGGUGACCAGAAACAUGAUUAAAGCAUGUUUUUUGUUUGUGAAAAUUUCUUCUUGUCUUCUAAUGAACACAUGCAUGUUGAUGCUCCUUAUUUUUCAUUUGGUUAAUUAUGCCUACCGGUGUGAUUGAUCCUUUGCUCCAUGAAGCAGCGAUAUUUAGUUAAUCCCAAAUUGUGA